CUAUUGACGUCAUUCAUAUGCAAAUUUGAGUGUCGUUCUCUUCUGCGCAUGUCCGCGCUCUGUUUUGGAAAAAAGAAAAGAUGGCUGCUGAGUAUGGCGACCGAGAGAUGAUUCUCGCAAACUUUCAGAGUAUCACCGGUAUUGAAAACCUUGAUGAAUGCAUCACGUUACUAGAUCAUCACAAUUGGGAUUUGACGGCAUGCGUUAACUCUGUGUUAGCAGAUCAAACGGACUCGCCAAUAAUUGUCCCCCUCUCUCCUAGUCCAGAAGUUCAAAUAAUAGGAGAAUCAGUACCCUUGCACCACCCCCCUAGACGUGUCAAGUUCCUGGUGGAAUGGAAAGACCAAACAAUACCUGUUGUGUUAGAUGAUACAGAUUCUGUUGGGACCAUUAAAAGAAUGCUGGAAAUGCAAAUAGGAAUUCCUAUGGAUCAACAAAGCCUAUUGGGAUGGGCACAUCAUCUACAGAUAACAGACAAUACCAUUCUGAAGGAUCUUUACUUGAAGGAAGAGACUUCUUUGGUUCUCCUGACUCCGCGAGUAACCGAGACACCCAAGCCUACGCAGCCAUGCACAUCUUCUUUCAAAGCGGAGUCUGUUGCAUGUAGCAGCAGUAGCGGUCCUAAUUCCAUGGAUAAGAUUAUGCUAAAUAUUAAGUGUCCAACCAAAGAGUUUAACCUGCCAUAUCCCAUCACUAGGACCAUUGGAGAGGUUAAAACAGAUCUAUUUUCACUGACUGCAAUUCCCUCUCGUAACCAGUGUUGGUCUGGCUGGCCAGACAAUACAAAUGAUGAGAGUUCACUGGCAGCAGCCAAUCUCGCUUUUCCUGUGCAUAAUCUCAUUAUGAACCCAAAAGAUGAUAGCUCAACUUCUCAAGAUCUUCCUGUUAGCAAACCUGGGUCAUCUAAAUCAUCCAGCAUAGAUGUGGACAUGGAUGGUCCAGAAGAUCUUAGUGAUGAUGAUGAGGAACCAUACCAUGUCCAGGAUGAUGAUGAUGAGAUGUUUGCUGAUGUCCCAUGCCCGAGACAGAUCAAUAGAAUGUUACCAGAUGAUUGCUUAGACACUUCAGAUAAUUUGAUUAAAUUUACAGCUCAGUUUGAAGAGAGAUAUGGUGAGACUCAUCCACAUUUUUACAUGGGACCCCUAACAGAAGCGAUCAGAGAUGCAAGUGGCAAGUCAGCAAAAGAGAGGCGACCAUUGUUGCUGUACCUACACCACGAUGGCAGUAUCCUCACUAAUGUGUUCUGCAGUCAACUUCUUUGCGCCGAUACCAUCAUCAACUACAUCUCCAACAACUUCGUCAUCUGGGCGUGGGACAUGACACUUGACACCAAUAAGGCUAGGCUGCUGGAUAUGGUAACGCAGAAUUUUGGAAGUGGUGCCGCUGACACUGUGCGGGGCUUCCCCCAUGAGCAAUUCCCGCUGUUAAUAGUUGUUAUGAAGAACAGAUCUGCUAUGGAAGUGGUCUCAGUUCUUCAAGGUCACGUGUCUCUUGACGAGCUGAUGACAGGGUUGAUGAGUGCGCACGAGACAUUCCAACAAGCCAUGACGCUUGAGAUCAAAGACGAGGAGGAGCGAGAAGCGCGUGAGAUGGUACGCCGGGAGCAGGAUGAGGCCUACCAGGAGUCGCUGCGGCAAGACCAGGCCAAGGAGGAGGAGAGACGGAAGCAACAGGAGCAGGAGAUGAUGGAGAAGAAGCUGAAGGAGGAGCAGACCCUGCACGAGGCGCAGAUUAAAGAGGCUCAGCGGCUAUCCCUGGUGGACCAGUUACCGGACGAGCCCGGUCCAGAGUGCACAGAGCCCAUCUCAGACUUGAGGUUCUGGUUGCCGAACGGAGAGCGAAUCCAGAGGAGAUUCCUGGCAACGAGUCGGUUGAAGGCGGUAUUAACGUUUGUACAAGCGAAAGGUUACUUAGAGGGUGAAUACAAAGUCGUCACUAACUUCCCCAGGCGAGAUCUCUACACUAUAGACAGCUCACAAACGCUGCAGAUUGUGGGACUUUACCCCCAAGAGAAGAUCAUCGUGGAAGAACGCUAAGGCGUCAUGCUCUGCGCAUGCGCGUAUUUGUGUCAUGCGCAGAAGGACGCAUCUUUUGGACAUGCGCAGUAGGCACCCUUAAUUGAUCUAAUUAAAUUCAUUCAAUUCCAGUUUUCGUAUGUAAAGUUCAGGUCAAUUGUUCUAUAUAUAUUUUUCAUGUAUAAAGGAUAUUCUUAUUUAGCAAAAGGAAAGCUCUGGUUAUUUUUAGGAAAAAUUUUGAUGUUAUGGAGUCGCAAUGAUGAUUGUAAAGCGAAGCGGGCAUGAUAAGCGUAGCUGCAGAAAUAAAGUAAUAUAUGAACUUU